UACAAGUUACUUUUCUACGAAUGUUUACGCGGGUUUGUGUAAUACGGUUGGCGUGAGGCUUGGGACAAAGUUGAUAAAUGUUUCAAUUUCUGAUUAUCAGAAAAACUCAUUAAAUUAAUGUUCGUUUACUUGAAAGUUUAAGAUGUAAUAUUAUUAAAAAAAAAAUUGCUUGAAGAUUGAAUAUUUAUUGUUCUGCGCUUAAAAAUUGCUAAAGUUUUACGAAACUAUCGUAAGCGUGUUGAGGCAUUUCUUUUUCUAAUAGUAAUAGAAUUUAUGUGUCUACAAUAUGAGUGUAUGUGUCAUCGGUAUCACUCCAACCAGUGAAAAUGAGAUGCAACAACAAAAUGGUAGAGGAGCCACUAAAGAAAAGAUGAAGUCGGAAACCAAAGAUAGAACAAGUCGUAGAAAAAAACAAAAACGUCAUAAUUCUGAACAUGAUACUGAAAGUGUUUCUAGUGGAGGCAGCAGUAAACCGAAAAAGCAAUUAGAAAUUGAGACGGAUCCUUCAGUGCUACAGAGACGUCAAAAACAAAUUGAUUUUGGGAAAAAUACAGUUGGCUACCAGAAUUACUUAUCUGAGGUUCCUAUAUCAGAUAGAGCAAAAGAACACCCUAAGACACCAGACAAGUAUUCUAAGUAUAGUAGAAGGUCUUGGGAUAUGCUUAUCAAAAUAUGGAGAAAGAAAUUGCAUGAAUAUGAUGUUGAUGGCAAAAGUUCUAAUGUUGACCAUAAUUCUGAUAAAGAAAGUGAGGAAUAAAUAAAAUUCCAAAUUUUCCUAUAACUAUGCCUACAGGCAUACAAAGUAAUUGAUUGAGCAUAAAUUUGUAAAAUUCCAGAAAAACAAUAAUUUUCACUAUAGAAACCAUGGAAAAUAUUUGAAUAAUUCCUGGCAGUUAUGUAGCAGGUCUAACUAUUUCAUAUUAUUUUUCCUUUGCAAUUUAGAUUAUAGAUAGCAAUUAUAAGGUAAUGUAGAAUAAAAGGUAUAAUAUGUA